UAGCCAACACUACUGCAGAGGUUAAAUCUAUAUGAUUUUCUGUUUAUGUUUGUGACAAUUAAAUAACCUAGAAAUUAUGUCAAAUAUUCUAAUAUUAUUUUGGUAACAUAUUUAUUUUUCGUGGAUAAUAUGAUUUAAGAAAAUUAUUAUUUAUAAUCAAAAAAAUCAAGAAAUUACAGAAUGUAUUUCAUGAAGCCUUUUAUUAUUUCAAGAUGUUCUGCCCUAAAUUUAAUCAAGAAUACAAAAAAGGUAAAAAGUUGUAGAUAUAGGUAUAUAUGCACUAGUUUUGUUUGCAGUAAGUUAAGAAACGAGCCUAGUUUGGUAAAUGUGUUUGAUCGUAAUACCAAAAGCCUUCAAAGAGAAAGAGCUGCAAUUGCCGACGAUGUGAACUUAUAUGAUUAUUUGAAAGAUGAAAUAGGCUUUCGGUUAGCUGAUCGCAUAUUUGAUAUAAAAAGAAAAUUUAAAUUAGCUGCAGAUAUAGGGUGCCAUCGUGGAUAUGUCUCAAAACAUAUCUCGGCAGACUUCGUUGAGGAGUUAAUUCUGUGUGAUAUUAGUCAAAGAAAUUUAGAUUCUGCCCCUGUUAAUGAAGGCAUAAAAGUUAGGAAACAAAUUUUAGAUGAAGAGCAUAUUGAAUUUGAACCAGAUUCACUGGAUUUAGUAAUAUCUUGCCUGACUCUACAUUGGGUGAAUGAUCUUCCAAAGGCAUUCAAGAAAAUUCUAGAUAGCUUAAAACAAGACGGAGUUUUGCUUGCAGCCGUUUUUGGUGGUGAUACGUUAUAUGAAUUAAGAUCAUCUCUACAGUUAGCUGAAUUAGAACGUCGUGGUGGUCUAUCGCCUCAUAUUUCACCAUUCACUGAAGUAAGAGAUGUUGGCAAUUUGUUAUCAAGGGCUGGAUUCAGUAUGUUAACUAUUGAUACUGAUGAAAUUGUUGUAAAUUAUCCAUCGAUGUUUGAACUCAUGUGGGAUUUGAAGGGUAUGGCUGAGAGUAAUGCUGCAAUAAAUAGAUCCAUACAUUUACAUCGUGACACACAGUUUGCUGCAGCCGCAAUCUAUCAACAACUUUAUGGGCGUUCUGAUCCAGAAACUGGAAAUGUUACAGUACCAGCUACAUUUCAGAUAAUCAAUAUGUUGGGGUGGAAACCCCAUCCAAAACAACCAAAACCAAUUGAAAGAGGUAGUGGGGAAGUUUCCUUGAAGGAUUUAUAUAAACUCGAUGAGAUUAUAAAGGAAGUAAAAACAGUCAAAACGGAUGAUGACAAAAAUUAAUAUUUUCUAAAAAAA